AUGGACUUCGAUCAUGAGCAGAAUAUAGAGAAGAAGCUCCAGCCCGUGGCUGUGACACCGGUCGACGAUGAACCGGUCAAACCGCGCGGUUUUUUCGCGAAAAUUCGCUACUUUGAAGAAGUACUGGACCGCAAGCUGGGAAUCGAAUCCCACAGUCUUGAUCGCGUGCAUCCCGAGAACCGAAACUCGCCCAGUCCCUUGGUCAUGGCCUUUAUGUGGGCUUCAGCAACGAUGAAUAUCAGCUGCUUCAGUACGGGCUUUUUGGGGAAGCAGUUUGGAUUAUCGCUGGGCGAGACGAUUCCUAUCGUGAUCUUUGCUACGCUGUUGGGCGCUAUGGUGACGGGUUGGUGCGCUACGAUGGGUCCUGGUACGGGCCUGCGCCAAGUCGCCAUCUCGCGCUACUCGCUAGGUUAUUACCCCUCGUCUCUCAUCGCCUUGCUCAAUGUGAUUGAGCAGCUCGGCUGGGCCUCUGUCAACUGCAUCACUGGCGGAUUGGCGCUCAACGCCGUCUCUGACGGACAUGUCUCAAUCGCCAUCGGCGUCGUCAUCAUCGCCUGCGUCAGUCUAUUGUUCAGCUUCGUCGGACUACGCGGCGUGCUACUGUACGAGAAGUACGCGUGGAUGAUGUUCUUCGUCAUCUUCAUGAUCAUCUACGGAGAAGCUGCCCACCGCGCCAACCUCUCCGCUCCCCAGACUGUGACGGGCAUGACCAAGUCCGGGAACGCGCUCAGCCUGAUCGGUGUGAUCUACGGAUCCAGCGCAUCGUGGAGCUCCAUCGUCUCCGAUUUCUAUGUGCACUACCCCGUCGACACGUCCAAGGUCAAGAUCUUCCUGUACACCACCCUCGGUAUCACAAUCCCCACUUGCAUCGGCAUGCUGCUGGGUGCUUGCAUCAGCUCGGCUCUUGACACGAACCCCGAGUGGGCGGCCGCGUACGACAUAGGUAUUGGCGAGAUCCUCAAAACCAUCAUCUACCCAACCGGAUUUGCCAAGUUCCUGCUGGUUCUCCUGGUCUUAUCUGGAAUCGGCGUCAACUGUAUUGCGAUCUACUCGGGUGCACUGUCAGCUCAGCUCUUUGCGCCCCCGCUCGCCAAGGUCCCGCGCGUGUUUUGGUCGUUCCUGGUCUUCGCCGGUAUUCUGGCUCUCGGCAUUGCCGGUCGUGAUCACUUGCUCGAUGUGCUGGAGAACUUCCUCUCUCUGCUCGGGUACUGGAAUACUUCAUUCUUCGCGAUCUUGUUCAUUGAGCAUUAUUACUUCCGUAAAGGAAGUCUGGCUAACUAUGAUCUUGAUGCGUGGAACACCCCCUCUAAGAUGCCUGUUGGCUAUGCCGGGCUGACGGCCUUCCUGUGCGGUGCGGCAGGAUGGAUUGUGGGGAUGGUGGAGACGUACUACGUCGGUGUGCUUGCGGCGAAGAUCGGUAAGGACGGUGGUGACAUUGCCAAUGAACUGGCUCUGGUCUUCACUACCAUCUCCUAUCUCCCUCUCCGAAAACUGGAGCUUCGCUACGUUGGACGGUAA